CCUCUUUCUGCAACAGAGAGCUGUCGCUGUUCCAGCAGCUGCUUGAUUCACUCUCAUCAUCAAACUGGAACAAAAGCAAAUCAAAUGGCUCUCACAAAUUCUGCUGAAAUGUAAAUCUGCCUCAUUUGAGUAUGAAAGAGCUGCUGCACUCUGCACAUUUUAUUUAUCAAUAAAUACUUUGAUGGAGCAGCACAGACCCAAUCUGCAGAGCAUCACCAUGGGGAAGGUGAGAAGAGCCCUGCCUUAAUCUAACAUUUUUUACCUUUAAUGUUGCAGUCAGAUUUGUCUGUUAUGUUGUAGGAUUACUCAUAUUUCACCCAGAGAAUCUGUUCAAUGGAGUAAAGCAGAAGUUUUCUUCUUUUUUCACAGAUCACUUUCUACGAGGAGAAGAAGUUUCUGGGUCGCUGCUACAACUGCAGCAGUGACUGCGCUGACCUGCAGUCAUACUUCAACCGCUGUGGCUCCAUCCGAGUGGAGAGUGGUGUCUGGGUCAUCUAUGAGAAGGCCAACUACAAAGGCUUUCAGUAUGUCCUGUGUCCUGGAGAGUACAGCGACAGCCAGCAGUGGAUGGCAUUCAGUGACAGCAUCAGGUCCUGCCGCACCGUCAAAAAUGUAAGAGACAACACUCAGCUCUCGGGACGUUUUAGAAAUUUAGACUGCAGUAAUUUCAAAGUUGUAUCAUGUUUCUAAAAUAUAUUAGCAUUAAAUAAAUCCUGAAGUUGUUUGUUGGAGACUGAUGAUUCAUGAGAUACAGGAAUGUACUGUUACUUAACGUUUUCUAUGAGUUAUAGCCUUAUUGAAGGUCAGACAAACACUGUCAAGAACAAAGGUGAAAAUAACAAUAUUCAAGACCGUGGUGUAUCAUUAUUAUCAGCGGAUUAAUACAUUUUAUGAUGAAAAGUACUUACAUUUGAAGGUGAAGUAUAAAUUAAAACAUCUUUGUAUUUUAUGUAUCUUAAAGGUGUACGGCAGCUCAUGGAGACUGAGGUUUUACGAGAGGCCAGAUUUUGGCGGUCAGAUGGUCGAGUGCUCUGACGACUGCCCAUCUGUGUUUGAAACCUACAAGUUUCGUGAGGCGUAUUCCUGCGUUGUGACCGAUGGUGCUUGGGUGUUGUACGACCUCCCGCACUACAGGGGUCACCAGUUCCUACUGGAGCGAGGAGAGUAUCGGCAGCACGGGGACUGGGGCGCAUCCUCUCCAGGGAUUGGCUCUUUCCGCAGAAUUACAGAGUUUUGAACACCUCGCUGUGAUGCACAAAUGGUCAGCUAAUGAAACCCUAAAAUGAUGCAUCAAUAAAGAAAGCAAAGCAUCA